CCUCGGCGGGCGGGGGCGGUGCGAGGCGCGGUGCAGCCCGGCGGCGGCCGCGGGGGAGCGCGGCUGCGGCAGCCCCCGCCUGCUCCUGGGGCACGGCCGUGCUGGACGAGGGGAGCGGGCGGCGGUCCCGGCCCGGGCGCUCCGCACCUCUGCCGAGUUUGGCCGGCCCAGAAGGGCAGCCGAGAGUUCAGCAUGCAGGAAGUUUUGAGGCAGCUCGGAGAGUAGCGCGGCGGCGGUAACCGCUGCUUCGCGUGCUCUGGGGUUUUGCGCUUUUUUUUUUUUUUUUUUUUUUUUUGCGGGGAUUGUGCCUUUUUUGCCCCCCGCCUACAACUGCCCCAAACACACAAGCAACUCGCAAGAACCAAAAAGUCCGGUAAGGGGGGAAGAGAACACGAGCGAGGGAAGCACCCUCGGCGGGAGAGGAGAGCCCGUUUCUUCGCGGAGACACGGUCCCGCUCGCAGCUGGUCCCAAUGCAACUGCUCAUCCUCCUCCUGCUCUACGCCGUCGUCUGUGCGAACUUCUGCAGCCGUCAGGGCACCACCGCCCCUGCCCAGAGCGGAUCUAUAAAAGCCCUGCGGGCUUCCAACAUCAGGCGAGAUGAGAGCAAUCACCUCACAGACUUGUACCGAAAAGAAGAGACCAUCAGCGUGGCAGGGAACGGCUGCAUCCACAGUCCUCGCUUCCCCAGCAGCUACCCCAGGAACCUCCUGCUGACGUGGCGGCUCCACUCCCCAGAGAGCACCAGGAUCCAACUGGCUUUUGAUAAUCAGUUUGGGCUGGAGGAACCCGAAAAUGAGAUCUGCAGGUAUGACUUUGUGGAAGUGGAAGAUGUAUCAGAGACCAGCACAGUUAUUCGAGGACGGUGGUGUGGACACAAGGAAGUACCUCCAAGAAUAACAUCAAGGACAAAUCACAUAAAGAUAACUUUCAAGUCCGAUGACUACUUUGUGGCUAAACCUGGAUUCAAGAUAUGUUACUCUCUUGUGUGUAGCUCGAAAGAGGCAGAUUUUGCAAACACUCAGGAAAUGGAUGAUUUCCAGCACGCAGCCUCAGAAACCAACUGGGAGUCAGUCACAAGCUCUGUCUCAGGGGUAUCCUAUCCCUCUCCAUCAGUGACUGACCCUACACUCACAGCGGAAGCCCUGGAUCAGACCAUCGCCGCCUUUGAUACGGUGGAGGAUCUGCUCAAACACUUCAACCCAGACUCCUGGCAAGAAGACCUUGAGAAUCUGUACACAGACAGUGGGCAACAUUAUCGAGGCAGGAGCUACCAUGACAGGAAGUCCAAAGUUGACCUGGACAGGUUGAAUGAUGAUGUGAAGCGUUACAGCUGCACUCCAAGGAACUACUCUGUCAAUUUAAGGGAGGAGCUGAAGCUGACAAACGUCGUUUUCUUCCCCCGCUGCCUCCUUGUCCAGCGCUGUGGCGGAAACUGUGGCUGUGGGACUGCAAACUGGAAAUCCUGCACCUGUGUGUCAGGGAAAACAGUGAAAAAGUAUCAUGAGGUGCUGAAGUUCGUCCCUGAGGCUGGGCAUACCAGAAGAAGAGGCAGAAUCAGGAACAACAUGUCCUUGGUAGACAUACAGCUGGAUCACCAUGAGCGCUGUGAUUGUGUCUGCAGUUCAAGACCACCCCGAUAAAAAAGGAGAAACAAAGAAGGAAAAGAAAAAUCCAGACACACUAAUUGCAUCUUACCGGACAUUUACUUUCAAGCAGGAUUGCUCUGAGGACCUUUACUCACUUAUCAUUUGAAAUUUGCUACUAGCCUGCCUUAGCAAUUAGCAAAAAUCAUUGCUGUGCUGAUUAGUGUCAUGGCAACUAAACAGAUAUAGCAUACAUUUAUGUAUCAGCAUCCAAGAAUUUAGGAUUAUGGUUAUCUGUAGCUAGAUUCUGAGGACUGAGAUUUUAAAAGCUCAGUUGCAGUCCUUGGGCACACAGUGCCCGCUGAAUUUUAAUACCAGGUAUGUAGGUAUUUUUGGUAGCUGGCAAUGAAAUAGCAUUGUGUUUCUUUUUCACUCACCGGUUCCUACACUCAAAUUCUGCUCCCAUUUCUACCUCCUCAGCUCUCCUGAUGGUAGGUAGGAAUUUAUGGUGGGUAAAAAUGAGGAGAGAAUUUGAGCCUGUAGGAGUGCAAAAAGGUUUCCCCCACUCUCAGAGGGAACUUCCCAACAUUCUGGCCCAACAGAGUGAGAUAGAAUGCUUAACGUCCAUCAUUACAUAAAAUCACACGUCAGUAAAGUCAAAUCUCGCUGUUUCUACUCGAGCAAAUUGUGUGCUGAAAUUAGUAGAUGCUUUGCAUAAGCCAGGACACUGAGGGUGGUAGGGGGUGCCAAGGCUGGAGCUUUUGCUGUGGUGGCCCCAUGGCAGCCAUCACCCAAGUGCUUCUGCAAGAGGGGGCUCCUGCCAGCUCCCCAGGUAAAUAAAACCUGCAGGCUGGAACUGAUUUUGGUCACUACCUACAUGAUCUGGAGCCCUGCCCCUUGCCCAGAGGGGCUCCACAGUUGCCCAAGAGGAGCCCCCUCUACACAAGCAGGGAAAGCCAGACCUCCCCUGGGAUCCUCCUCGCAGCAGUUCGAGGAGUCCCGUGCUUUCCUGUGGAGGAGAUGAAGAUAGGGCACUUGUCUGUUGAAAAUAUUGAUUUGUUUUGCAGUUGUGUUACUGGGAAACAAAACUGUGUUUGAGAUUUAAUUAUCAUUAUUUGGUUUGGGGUUUCUUUAUUUGUUUUUUAACUUUGUCAUAUAUGCAUUAAUCUUAGUUAUCUGAGGUUAGUUGUCUCGUUCCAGCUCUGUGUAUUGCCAUGGUUAAAGUGUUGACAGUGAAUUUCUUUUUUUUAUUGCAUUUUGCUGAAGUGUAUUAACUCAUUAACUAUUGUCUGUCAGUCAUUGAAAAUGUGCAUCAACUUCCAGAAAAUUAUUACUAAAUACCACCUCAUAAUAAAAUCAGCACUUUAAAAGCUACAGCAUGGUUUCCUAUGCCUUUUAAACUAUUACAAAAGUGCUCUAGCUGAAAUAAGAAAAAAGAUCCUUCCAAACUAGCAUUAAGGAUUUUCAAAUGCUGCUGCAAAAAUGUAGAAAGCAGGCAGAUUUAAGUUUCAAAAAGAAUUAGAGUUUUGGUCAUGAAUGUAACAGAGGGAAUAGGGUGGCACAUUUAAUGGCUGAGGUUUUAUGUUUUAUAGUAGACAUAGGCUGCAUCGAAUCAUCUUGUCUGUGUUGGCUCUUGUCUUUCUGCCUCUCUGAAAGAGUGAAGUAGGUUGCCAGUAAUGCAUUAUAAUUAGUGGAAAAUGGCAUGUGCUAUAAAAUACAAGGCCUUCAAACCAGUAUGUUUUAGUACUCCACAGGUUUGUUAUAAAAGCACCCUAAUGGUCUCAUUUUCCCUCUUCAUCAGCUCAAGUAUUUUGUAAGUGCUUUUUUAUAAUUUUAGCAAAACUUCGCUGAAAGAUCCCUUCGAAAUGUUGUGUUACUUUCUUUCCUGUACUUUAACCUUGGAGAUUCAGAAAAUGUGGAGGUUUUAUUAUUUAUAUUAAUUUUUCCUCUCUGGCUCCUAGAUGUCUGUUUAAAAAUGCUCCUGAAUGCUUACUUGGGAAGUGAUUCAUCAUUUUUCAAAGCAAUUCACAUUUAAAGAACAGCCCUGUAACCAAAGAUUACCACCUUAAUUUUGUAGUUCAGGACUAUUUAAAGAACAUCUCAUUCUUUUUCUGUCUCUAGCUCAAUAACAAGAUUGACCCAGCCCUUCCAUAAGUCUUAGCUAAGUUUGGAAUAAAUUUGCGUGCAAGACCUUGGCAGUACGGAUUGUUUCUGAGAUACUGAACUCCUGUUUGUAUCUCUGACUGAGUCAUGCCUAAGCACUCUGAUUUCAUAGUUAGCAUUGGUUGCAGGAUACACAAAUUUUACAAGGCUUUGUGCUCUAAGUGGUCCUUUGAUUCCCACCCUCCAAGAGGGACUGGGCAGCAGGCAGUGCACCAGGUGUGUGCCACACAGCACCGCCUGCCCAGUCCCACCUCUGCAGCCACGGCUAGUGAGGGGCCAUGGUGCCUCCUGAUGGGGGAUUUCAGCCUUGGCUGGGAGCUGAGUUACCCCUGGAGGCAACUGGGAGAGGCUCUGCCAUAGUGUGCCUUAGUCCAAAGGCUGAAAUCACACAGUUUGGGAGCAUUCCUUUCUCUCCUUUGACUAUAUAGAAAGAUUUAAAAUUUGAUUUGGAUAUCUAAGUGGGAUGCACAGAGGUAGAUAGUAUGAAUAGUCCUUUUAAAGACUGAACAGCUGAGAAUUCAGCUAACUGAGUCAGAUAAAGGCAGCAGUGGAUGCCAGGGUCCAACAGAAAAAUUCAGAUGCAAAGUAAAAAAAAAAAAAAAAUCCUCUUGCUUAACGAUAGGUUUGCCUUCUUAAAUGUAAGCUAAGCUUGUCACAAAGUUUAAAGUAUUACUCCUGGGACACUUACUAAUUAAUGGAACCAUUCAGUGCUUCCUGCUGCCAUAGAGACACCAUGUUCCCAGCCAGUGCAGGCAGGUCAAGGAUGGGCUUUUUGUGGCAGUAUGGGGAUGAUAAGACACAUGUGAACUAAGAAAAACUCCCCAAAAUCCAAGCCCUGAGAUGCAGUGACCGUGUUGAACCCAAAAAUCAGAUUUUUUUUUCCUUUUUAUUUAUUAGCAGAAAUUGCAAAAGUGUAUCUCCAUACAUUUUUCCCUCUUUUGUCUUUGUAUAAUUGUUAUGUUGUUUACAUACCAUUUUAAGUUAAUGAGCAAAGAUGUUAAAAAACCGUAAUCUGGUUCAGUUUUAUUCGUGGAAUUGUAAACCCCCCAAAAUAAAUACAUUUUCAGGCAAUUCAGAAAGAGUCCUAAUUUUGAACUACUCAUCAGCUUUUUAUUUACUAUAUUCUUCUGGGAUAGAGCCUACUUUCUCAAGUGCAAUCUAUGUAUAUUUUUUUUUUAUCUCAGUUAAAUGCAGCUUUCCUAUCAGUACUUUUUACUUGAUGCAGUAUGUAAUGUCUUAUCUUGAUGAAAAAAUAAAUACUGCUUUUG